CCAUGACAAAACUUUCGUUCUUUCGUGGAUGUGUGUGAUGAAAAGUGUUUUACUAAAAACUUUAGUUUUAUGUUGAGAUAAUAGCAAUGACCUAUAAUAGUCAAAUAUCUAUUGCCCAUGUGUAUCAGUGUGAAUAGUAAAUAAUUCUAUAGAUAAGGAACUGCUAUAUUUACGGAAUAAAGAAAAAUGUUAUUGUGCGCUAAGGUACAUAAUGGCGGCCCGUCGCGUCCCCCGCGCCUCCAUUUCGAUGACAGUCAAAUUAUGACAAUGCCGAUGCAUAAAGUUUAGAAAAUGUUGUGUUAUUGUAAAUAAUAUAGUAAAAGUUGUUAAUUUUAUAAACUGUGAGGACUGACAAUGAAUCCUGAACACCAUAGUAUCAAUGCGGGUGGUGGCCAACCUCCUGGAAGUUCGGAGUCUCAGAACCAGAGAAUUCAAAAUACACAGCAACAACAAGCCAAUAAUCUGCCAGCCACUACUUCAGCGACGGACCUGCGUGUAAAUUCCGUGAAUUCGGCCGCUGUCAAUGUUGCUUUGUCUAGCGUCGCUAAAUACUGGGUAUUUACAAAUCUGUUCCCUGGGCCCAUACCUCAAGUUUCUGUGUAUGGACUUCCUACAGGAACAAGAAUUGAAAAUGGAAAACCUGUCCAGGAUCUGGGUACGGCCCAUGCUAGUAUUCUCAAUGGGGAUCCAAACAUCAUACUUGGCCAUCACUCCGGGCAGCCACAGGUUACUGUAUCAGCAGCUGGUACACAACAAAUACCUGUGUCUCAAAUUAUUGCUGCUCAAUCUGGCCAAACUCAUGAAGCUUUGGUCGCCCACAAUCAGCAAGAACUGGCUGCCCAGCAAGCUUCAGGUGGAACCCAGGUCACGGCUACUCAUCAGCAAGUACCCAAUAGUCGGGUCGAGUUUGUACAGCACCAUAACAUUGAUAUGGGGCAUCAUUCACAACAGCAUUUGAUGCAGCAGCAACUGAUGAGCGGAACACGUCAGGAGCACACAAAUCAACAGAUACAACUGACAGUCAGCGAAGAUGGCAUUGUCACGGUGGUGGAGCCCGGAGGUGGGAAGUUGGUGGACAAGGAGGAGCUUCACGAAGCCAUCAAAAUGCCCACGGACCACCAGACACUUACUGUUCACCAAUUACAGCAAAUUGUUGGACAGCAGGUGUGUAAACAGCAGUGGCAAACAUCUGAGGUAAUAGAUAGCGUCGUCAGAAUUGAGCAAGCCACAGGUGAACCUGCAAACAUCCUAGUUACUCACAAUCCCGACGGAACCACGUCUAUAGAAGCGAGUGCAGCAGACCCGCUGAUAGUCAAAGAUGAGAAGAAUACCGGUAAAAUUGAAACGGCACAGUUCGCGAUACCGACGGAAAUAAAGGAUAUCAAGGGAAUCGAUCUAAAGAGCGUUGGAGCUAUGGGUAUGGAAGGUGCAGUGGUGAAGAUAUCUGCUGGAGCAGCAGAUCACGAUCUCCACGCGAUGUACAAAGUGAAUGUUGAAGAUCUUUCACAACUGCUGGCGUACCAUGAGGUGUUUGGGAAGCUAAACACGGAGGGACAGCAGCAAGCUAAAGUCAUCAGCGAAGUGGAAGUAGAAGCGGGUACAAGUGCAGCCAUGUCGGAGUCAGAGUCCUCGCCGGGGCAGCACUCGUGCGAUAUCUGCGGAAAGACCUUCCCGUUUAGAUACCAACUCAUUGUUCACAGACGAUACCACGGCGAGAGCAAGCCAUUCACGUGCCAAGUUUGCGGCUCCGCUUUCGCCAACCCUGUUGAAUUGUCCAGGCACGGAAAAUGCCACCUUGCAGGUGACCCGGCCGAACGCAACGCAAAGAGAUUGACUCAAGACAAACCUUACGCUUGCACAACUUGCCAUAAAACCUUUUCGCGUAAGGAGCACCUUGAUAAUCAUGUACGCAGCCACACUGGAGAGACGCCUUAUAGAUGUGAAUUCUGCGCGAAGACUUUCACGCGCAAAGAGCAUAUGGUGAACCAUGUCCGCAAACACACGGGCGAAACGCCGCACCGCUGCGAGAUCUGCAAGAAGAGCUUCACUAGGAAGGAGCACUUCAUGAACCAUGUCAUGUGGCAUACAGGUGAAACGCCGCACCAAUGUCAAAUUUGCGGCAGGAAGUAUACUAGGAAGGAGCAUUUAGUGAACCAUAUGAGGUCACACACAAACGAUACUCCAUUCCGAUGCGAUCUUUGCGGCAAGUCGUUCACGAGAAAGGAACACUUCACCAAUCACAUUAUGUGGCACACGGGCGAGACGCCACACCGCUGCGAUUUCUGUUCCAAAACAUUCACGCGCAAGGAGCACUUAUUGAAUCAUGUGAGACAACACACGGGGGAAUCCCCGCACCGAUGCAACUUCUGCUCCAAGUCGUUCACGCGCCGCGAACAUCUCGUGAAUCAUGUCAGACAACACACGGGAGAGACACCCUUCCAGUGCGGAUACUGUCCCAAGGCAUUCACUAGGAAAGACCAUCUCGUAAACCACGUGAGACAACACACGGGCGAGUCUCCACACAAGUGCUCGUUCUGUACCAAGUCGUUCACCCGCAAGGAACACCUCACUAACCACGUCCGCCAGCACACCGGAGAAUCACCCCAUCGGUGUACAUUCUGUUCGAAAUCUUUCACGAGGAAAGAACAUCUAACCAAUCAUGUCAGGCAGCACACGGGGGAAACUCCACACAAGUGCACGUAUUGCCCUCGAGCGUUCUCCCGGAAGGAGCACCUCACCAACCACAUCCGGCAGCACACCGGAGACAUGCCCCACUCCUGCUCGUACUGCAACAAGAGCUUCACGAGGAAGGAGCACCUUGUCAAUCAUGUCAGACAACACACCGGCGAGACUCCGUUCAAGUGCACGUUCUGCACGAAAUCGUUCUCGCGCAAGGAGCACCUCACCAACCACGUGCAUCUCCACACGGGGGAGACGCCGCAUAAGUGUCCUUUCUGCACCAAGACCUUCUCAAGGAAGGAGCAUUUGACCAAUCAUGUCAGAAUCCACACGGGCGAGUCGCCCCAUCGGUGUGAAUUCUGCCAGAAGCGGUUUACACGGAAAGAACACCUCACGAACCAUAUGAAGCAGCAUACGGGCGACACGCCACAUACGUGCAAAAUCUGUUCCAAGCCAUUUACUAGGAAAGAACAUCUUGGAACGCAUAUGAGAUCACACAGUUGCGGCGAGCGUCCGUUCAGCUGCGGUGAAUGCGGCAAGUCUUUCCCGUUGAAAGGCAACCUUCUGUUCCAUCAGCGGUCGCACAACAAGACCAACAGCGGCGCUACCCCCACACCAUUUCGAUGUGAUGUCUGUUCGAAGGAAUUCCUUUGUAAAGGCCACCUGGUGGCGCACCGGCGCACACACGACGAGGCCAGCGAGUGCUCGCCGGCGGCCGAGCGCGACGACUGCGACAAGCAGGAGCCGCAGGAGAGGAAACACGAUAUCAUGAUGACCACAGAGACUAGACCAGCAGAGACUAACGUCGUUCAAAAUCCCCAAAAUAAUACAAAUGUGAUGCAAAUAACCAAUCAACAACAAGUUCGGUCGGUGCCGACGAGCGCGGCCGAGGUCCAGGCGGCCACCUUCACGCACCACCCCGUCACCGUCAACUACUAGCACGAGCCCCCCGGGGGGGAACCCUACAAGGGGGACCCGGAGCCCUACAAGGACCCCCUGGACACCGAAGAGACCUUCACACUAGUGCGCGAAAUCGAAAUCUGUGAAGCACUGUUGUAAAUAGAGUGCCAUUCUAAAAAAUAUGAAUGUACAUAGUGACCAAUAAAACAUUGAUGAGUGUACUUCAUGUGCAAGACUAAUUAUUGGUAGCUGUCACUGGGAUCGCGUAUGUCGCAUUUAAUAAUUUUAUUAUACUUUUAAAAAUGAAUGUUAAUAUUUGUAUUAUACUGAAAUAGAGUAGGAUUAAUACUUCAAAUGUGUGCAACGUUUAUGAACACAAUAUAAUGCAAACUUAUUUGAUUCUUCCAGACAGCUAUUACAAUAUUUUCUUGUCAUGCUUGUAAAAGUGAUAAUCUUGUGAAAACUGAAAUUGGAGAGACUAUUAGCACAAAUAGCUAUUGUGAUUUGUGACACUAAUUUUUAUACAAGUUUAGGUACAAUAAAUGUUGAAAUGUAGAAUAGGAAUUCAUCACAUUUUAUAGAACUGUCUCAAGUAUGAGAUUGAGCUUAUUCCAAUAUUGGCCAGUAUCAUUUGAAAAUUAUGUCUGUACAGAGAUUACGCUUUCUAGAGGUAUAUAAAAUCUAAAUGAUGAUUGACUUGAUCUCUUGUUUACGUUGUUUAUCUCUGGCAACUUAUUGAUGAAAGUAUACUGAUAUACCAUACUAAGUCAGUACAUUUACAUCAAAAUUUUUUGAUAUUUUAACAUUAUUUUAAGAUAUAUUUAUUGUCCCAUUUGUGUAAUUAUGUAAAUAAGCAUGGAAACGUGAUUUAGUUAUGUAAAUUGAUUGUAAGUAUAAUUUUAUUCUUGUCAGCGUACACCGGCGGCGGCAUAAUUUUAAAUUUUAACAUUUAUACCUACGUCAAUCGCUACAAAUAGCAGGGGAGCCCUCGCAUUAGCAUCGUUAAUCGAGAUCUACUCGAUCGUCAAAGAGACCCAUCGGGUUGCGAAGGUAAAGUAAAAAAAAAACAUAUAAUAUGUAUUAUCCAUUUGAUCGCGGUGGGGGUGGGAGGAAGCAGC